AGGUUUUUAAGCUUGUGAACUUGUUAUUGAACAAGUCGUUCCGAUCAAGACAUAACCUCUCGUGUAUUAUAUUAUUAUCGAUAUUAUUAAGAAGUUUGCUAAAGAACUCAGUUCAGAAACACAGUAGUGUGUUCACAAUAUGGAGCAAUGCUCGAAAAAGCCAAAGUUAGACAAUACAAGUAUAAAAGAAGGUGAGGCUGAAAUUCUGGUAGACACGAACGUAUUCUACAAUCCUGUUCAGGAGUUUAACAGAGACUUGAGCGUAGCAGUAUUAACAACCCACAUAAAAAACAGAAAUAAACAAGCAGUAAAUACGAAUGGACAAAAACCGGAAGGUAUUACUAUUUUAGAAGCAUUGUCAGCAACAGGUUUAAGAAGCAUUCGAUAUGCCAAAGAAGUAGAAGAUAUCAAACAAAUCAUAGCCAACGAUAUUUCUGCUAAAGCAGUCACAAGCAUUCAGCAAAAUAUUCAACAUAAUAAGGUUGAACAUCUUGUGACACCAAGUCAUCAAGAUGCAAUGUUACUUAUGUAUCAGAGCAGAAAAGACAAGUUUGAUGCGAUAGAUUUAGACCCAUAUGGUUGUCCUACAAUAUUUUUAGAUGGAGCAGUCCAAUGCGUAUCAGAAGGUGGGUUGCUUAUGAUCACAGCCACAGAUAUGGCCGUAUUAGCCGGUAAUUCACCUGAGACUUGUUAUCUAAAAUAUGGAGCUAUUUCCUUGAGAUCUAAGGCUUGCCAUGAAAUGGCAUUAAGAAUAUUACUCCAAAAUGUUGCUUCGCACGCCGGACGUUAUGGCAGAUACAUAGUACCGAUACUCUCGAUAAGUGCAGACUUUUAUGUACGAGUAUUUGUCAAAGUGUUUUCCAGUCAAAUCAAAUGCAAACAGAACGCGACGAAAAUCGGCAUGGUGUAUCAAUGCACAGGUUGCGAGAGUAUUAAUACUCGAGCAUUCUGUUACAAGAGACCAACCAGUGGUUACAAAUUAUUGUUUCAGCCCGUGGAUCAGCAUUGUAAAAUCUGUAAUCACAAGCAGCACCUGGGCGGUCCCAUAUGGCUAGGUCCUUUACAUGAUCAACAUUUCGUGUCUGACCUUUUAUGCAAUUUAGAUGAAAUGAAAUUAGGAACAUUGAAAAGGAUAGAGGGUGUGCUAAAUGUUAUUCACGAAGAAUUAGAUUACCCGUUGUACUACACUCUCGAUCGUUUGAUGUCCAUUAUCAGAUGCGUGACACCGUCGAUGUUGGUGUUUAGAUCUGCGCUGUUGAACGCGGGCUAUCAAGUAUCUUAUUCGCAUGCAUGCAGAACUUCUAUCAAGACGGACGCUCCGAACGAAGUUAUAUGGGAUAUCGUUCGCGCAUGGGAAAAGAAUAAUCCUGUAAAACGAGACAAGCUACCGGAAGACAGUUCAGCGAUAAAAAUAUUAGACACUCCAACAACUAUCGACGUUUCAUUUAAUGUACAUCCCUCGGCCAAUCCGACGUCCAGGCAGAACAAGUUGACUAGGUUCCAGCAAAAUCCUAUGAUCAAUUGGGGACCAGGUACACGUUCAAGGACGAGGAUCGACUUGGAGAACGGAGUAGAAAUUUCGAAAAAGAUAAAAAAUCAGAAUAAGAACUCCAGGAGAGAGAAGAUAAUUAUUACGGAAGAUAUUGACGAAACGAAGACUACGUCGAUGGCUGCAUCCACUAUCACUUUGAGCAACGGGCAAAGAUGUCCCGUGCUGGGCCUUGGAACUUGGCAAGCCGGGGAUGAUCCGAGCGUUGUCGAGCAAGCUGUAAGGGAUGCUGUGGAUGCCGGGUAUCGACACUUCGACUGCGCCUACAUUUACGGGAACGAAAAGGAAAUCGGCAAGGCCCUACAGGAUAAAAUCGCCGAGGGAGUUGUGAAGCGAGAAGAUUUAUUCAUCACGACAAAGCUAUGGAACACAUCGCACAAGAGGGAAGACGUGGUGCCUGUCUGCAAAAGAUCUGUGAAGAACUUAGGACUCGGUUACAUCGAUCUGUAUCUUAUUCACUGGCCCAUAUCAUACAAGGAAAAUGCUAAAAGCCUGUGGCCGGUCGAUGAGAAAGGAAAUCCAAUGUUUGGGGAUGUGGAUUACCUAGAUACCUGGCGUGGUAUGGAGGAAUGCGUCACACUGGGAUUAACGAAGAGUAUCGGGUUAAGCAAUUUCAAUUCCGUCCAAAUCGAUCGCGUCUUAUCGAUCGCCGCGAUCAAGCCGGUGAUGAACCAGGUGGAAGUCCACCCGAAUUUAAACCAGAAGAAGCUGCGAGAGUUCUGUGCCCAACGUGGCAUCACUAUUACUGCUUAUAGUCCUUUCGGUUCGCCUAAGCGUACUUGGGCGAAGUCUACUGAUCCUCAAGUGACAAUGGACGCACCGGAAAUCGUCGCAGUAGGGAAGAAAUAUGGGAAAACGCCAGCGCAAGUUAUCCUCCGAUAUUUGAUCGAUAUUGGCACUAUUCCCAUUCCCAAGUCUAGCUCAAAAGAGCGCAUCAAACAGAACAUCAACAUUUUUGACUUCAAGUUAACACCGGAGGAAAUAGCGACUAUCGACAAACUGGACUGCGGCCUCCGGAUUUGUCCUGCCGCGGAUCUAUCAGCAGUCAUGCCUGAAAUACCCAAUCUUACUUUUUCUAACGGGCACAAGAUGCCCGUCUUCGGUCUCGGCACAUAUCAGUCCAAAGCUGGAGAAGUGGAAAAAGCCGUGAUGGAGGCGAUAGAUCUUGGGUAUCGUCACAUUGACACGGCUUUCUUUUAUCAAAAUGAAAAAGAAAUCGGUCAAGCAGUUCAAGCGAAAAUAAAAGACGGUACUGUGAAGAGAGAGGAUCUUUUCAUUACAACCAAGCUUUGGAACAAUUUCCACAAGAAAGAGAAGGUGGUACCAACAUGUAAAAAGUCAUUGGAAAAUCUUGGCCUCAGCUACGUGGAUUUGUAUCUAGUUCAUUGGCCAUUUGCUUUUAAGGAUGGUGAUGAUUUGAUGCCCAGGGACGAGAAAGGCGUCCUUCAGCUAUCAGAUAUCGAUUACAUUGAAACCUGGAAAGGUAUGGAGGAGUGCGUACAAUUAGGAUUGACUCGCAGUAUUGGAAUUAGCAACUUCAACGAAGAACAAAUUACUCGGCUACUCGGUGCUGCCAAGAUUUUGCCCGUGAACAACCAGGUGGAAGUCAGCAUUAACUUGCAUCAGAAACCAUUGAUAGAAUUUUGUAAAAAACACAAUAUCACGAUAACGGCUUACUCGCCUUUGGGACAACCCGGAAACAAGGCGGGUACACCGAAUUUCUUGGAGAACCCGAAGAUCCUUGAACUAGCUAAGAAGUAUAACAAAACACCGCCACAAAUUGCUCUAAGAUAUGUAAUGCAGCAGGGUAUCGCUAUUAUUCCAAAAACAGUGACAUCGAGUCGGCUGAAGGAGAAUAUGAAUAUAUUUGAUUUUUCUCUAACGGACGAGGAGUCAGCGGCCGUGGCGACACUUGCCACAGGUCAACGUGUCGCACGAUUCGGGGAUGCGAAAGGCCACAAAUAUUAUCCGUUCGAGUAAUGGAAGUUUCGUCGUGAAAGCAAGGAAAGGAUGGCAGGAAACAGCCCGUCAUAUACAUGUUCAAUAUAAACUGAUAGUAAGGUAUAUCCCCUUUGAACUUAUAUAAUCCCACACCGUAAUUCGGCACUCGUUUGACCCUUGCCUGGUCAAUUAGGUUUGAGUGCCAUGGAAAAUUUCAAUGGCUCCGAUAUGACGUCAUGCGGCACAACAAAACAGGCACUGCCGCCAUCGAACUAACAAUAAGUUAAUUACGAUAAUUACAGAUGUUUGUAACGAAUAAAUGUGUUAGGAACAAAAAAUUUAAUUAAGGAAAUCUUCAUUCACAAAAACCGCACUAUACGUUACACUGUAAUUUCCCGACAAUCCAAAUGAAUUAGCCACACCUCACGGUUGAAUACACUAACGAGCCAUUUCUCGACACUUUUUAAAAGGAAACUCGUUUUCCAAGAACGUGUCACGCGGUGGCUAAUCAUCUUUCCGUAGUUGCCAGGAUAUAAAAAGAUAAUUAAAGAAUCACGAAGGUCAACUAUUUACACUAAAUACUCUGUCACAAAAAGUGAAAUUAAAAUAUAUGAAUCAUA